AUGGUUCUCACGCACACGACAAACCAUACCUACUCUCACCCCUUCCCUACCGUCACCCUCGCCUUCUUCCUCCGAUACUCGUCUCCUCAGCUCAACCCAUUUGCCGCCCACGUCUUGAGCACCGACACCAUCGAGAGUUAUGUCGACCCCAAGACGCACCGGCUGCACACCACUCGCAUUCACCUGAAGAAGAGUCGAAUGCCCGGAGCUGUGUACAAGCUGCUGCCCACCAGUGUCACUGGAGGCGGUUCUGCCGACAAGGCAUCGUACAUCCUGGAGACCAGUGUGGUCGAUAUCAAGGAGGGCUGGAUGAAGUCUGAGAGCCGGAACCUUAACUUCACGGGUGUGCUGUCUGUCAUUGAAAAGCAGCAGUUCAAUGUCCCUGCCGAAGGAGUGUCUAUGAACCCCAACGAGACCGCUGUGACAACCAUGGUCCAGUUCAGGUCAAGACUUGGAGAGAAGAUCCGCGGCAAACUGGGACAGGCCCAAGAGGAUGGCUGGUUCAAGAACGGCAUCAUGGGUGGCUGGGGGGCUAAAGGAAUUCAGCGCAGCAUCGAGAGUCUGGCUUCCACAAAGACCCAGGACCAGCUGGGCAAGAGCCGUGAUGGCAUGCGACUCGUGCUCGAGAGGCUACGCAACAACGGCGUUAUGAGCGUCCUCGAGACAUUACGGAGAGAGCGCCAGCGACAGAUCGCCUGA